UCAGAGGUGGUUCCCACGCUUUCCUCACCUAUUCUCCCGCCAGUUCCGCCCUUUUAUCGAUGGAUCUUGGCUUCGGAACAAAUGCUUGCGGUCGACCUUUCUUCUCUUCACCCUUUUCUGUGACGAUAAAGAUGUAUAACAUUAUUAUCGAUUCAAGUUGUCAAUAUCUCGGCGGCAUCACAUGAUUAGGUCUCAAUCUCCUUCCUUCAACCCCAAACGUCGACCGAAUGGAUAGUUUCUUCAAAAAGGCACAAGAUGCUAUACAGAAGGUGGCGGAUAGCCACAACAGCGGAGACAACAGAACGAGCAGUACUAGUGGUGAUCGCGGUAGCACGGACAAGACCUUGCACUUACCUACACCAAUCUUGGAAUGGAUCGACAAGUAUGUUGAUACGUUUGCGCCCGCUAUAUCGAAACAAGUGUCAGAUGAAAUCGUGGUAUUCCAAAGCGCAACUCUCCAAUCAUUGGAAGAUCACAUCAAAGCUGUAUUUCAAGCUGUCUUUCGUGGUGACUUUUCCGCCUUCCAAACCGCCAAUGACAUAGCCGAAUUCCGUGCCGCUCGUGAAAACCCACAGACUGGUGCAGGGGUCCCGACUUACAGCUAUCCCUCCCCUCAAAGCAAACCUGGCGAACGACCACUGCCGGACUAUGGAACACGAGGACUCCCGUUUGCUGGUGCAGCAGGGAACAUUCUUGCAACCAUUAACCAAGGAGCAAACAAAGCUAACCCCGAGGCGCCCCAACAGGAGCGCAAUAUCUUUCAAACAGCCGUUAGCAAGGUUACCGAUUUUGCCAAAUCAGCCGAUGGCGAGUUUGGUGGGAAGAUAGCAAUAAUCGCACAUACGAUUGACGAGUUGAACAUCGAUCCGAUCGAAAAGGCGAAGCAGGUGGCUCCCGAGUUGCGCGAGAAAGUCGCCAGAGUCCUCACGGAUUUGCAUGCGCCACUUGCAGAAAAACUGACUGCUCUCGCGCUCAUGCAAGUGAAGAACUUCCUCAAGGGCCACAUCUCUCUCAGUGAAUUGGGCGAAAGUGCAAAGGAAAGCGUGAGCGGGUUUAUCCGUGGUUUUCAGAAGUCAGAUAAUGCAAGUGGUGCUUCUCGUGGGAUUGGAGAGGGAGGUAAUCAACCACCGAGUGGAGUUGUGGGUACCUUGAGUAAGAAGCUCUCAGAAGGACUAACGACCAUCAAAGCUCGUACUCGAGAAGACUUUCGUGGUGUCUUGGGCAAGAUCGAGGAGGCUCUAUUUGAUUCUUUGCCGAAAGAGAUAUCCGAACCGCUAAUGAAAGUCCUUGGUGGAAAUCCCUUCUCUGAUGACCGAUCACAACAACGAUAUCGCGGAGGUGGGGAGUUUAAUGUUCUUGAUGAAGUCAAGGAUAAGAUUAAGACGAUAACUGAGCGGAUCCAGAAGGGUAUUCGAGAUCGAGUACUUGAAGUCGUCUCGGGCGGCCACAGAAAGCUCGAGGAUAAGGCAUGGGCCAAUGUCCAAGACGCUGUCGUGACCAAGGUACGGCAGUUCGUCCCAGGUAUUCAGGUGAAAGUCGACGACUAGCGUGAACGUCCUACUCUCGUACUGGAUCACUACUCUGUAACUUGUUGAAUGAUACCUUUCUAAUUGAGCCCGAUGCACUGCAAUUAUUCCAUACAUCGUUGCUAAACUACAGAUAUGAUACAUUUCAAAGC